AUGAGCCUACGGUCCCACGCGCCCCGGCGGCCGCUGGCGCUGGCGCUACUGCUGCUGCUGCUGCUGGCCCGGGCGCUGCCGGGAGCACCGUGCCCCGAGCCCUGCGUGUGCCCGCCCGACGGCGCCCUGCGCUGCCCCGGCCCGCGGCCCGGCCUCCCCCGACUAUUACUCACCUAUCUCCCCAUCAAAGUAAUUCCAUCUCAAGCUUUCAGAGGACUUAAUGAGGUCAUAAUAAUUGAAAUCUCUCAGAGUGAUUCCCUGGAAAAGAUAGAAGCUAAUGCCUUUGACAGUCUCCUCAAUUUAUCUGAAAUACUGAUCCAGAACACCAAAAACCUGGUGUCCAUUGAGCGUGGAGCAUUUACAAAUCUCCCCCGGUUAAAAUACCUGAGCAUCUGUAACACAGGCAUCCGAAAGCUUCCAGAUGUUACGAAGAUCUUCUCCUCUGAAUUUAAUUUCAUUCUGGAAAUUUGUGAUAACUUACACAUAACCACCAUACCAAGAAAUGCUUUUCAAGGGAUGAAUAACGAAUCUAUAACACUCAAACUCUAUGGAAAUGGAUUUGAGGAAAUACAAAGUCACGCCUUCAACGGGACGACGCUGAUUUCGCUGGAGCUGAAGGGAAACACACGCCUGGAGAAGAUGCAGCAUGGAGCCUUCCUGGGGGCCGCGGGGCCCAGCAUCUUGGAUAUUUCCUCCACCAGACUGCAGGCCCUGCCUAGUGACGGGCUGGAGUCCAUUCAGACCCUCAUUGCCACAUCAUCCUACUCUCUAAAAACACUGCCUUCGCGGGAAAAAUUCUCCAGUCUCCUGGAAGCCACUCUUACUUACCCCAGUCACUGCUGUGCCUUUAGGGACCUGCCACCAAAAGAGCAGAAUUUUUCAUUUUCCAUUUUUGAAAACUUUUCCAAACAAUGUGAAAGCACAGCAAGGAAACCAAAUAAUGAAACGCUUUAUUCUGCCAUCCUUUUGGAGAGUGAGCUGAGCACCUGGGACUAUGACUAUGGUUUCUGCUCGCCAAGGACGCUGCGCUGUGCCCCUGAACCAGAUGCCUUCAACCCCUGUGAAGACAUCAUGGGCUAUGACUUCCUCAGAGUCCUCAUCUGGCUGAUUAAUAUCUUCGCCAUCUUGGGAAAUAUGACUGUCCUCUUUGUUCUUCUGACCAGUCAUUACAAACUGACCGUGCCCCGUUUCCUCGUAUGCAAUCUCUCUUUUGCAGACUUUUGCAUGGGGCUCUAUCUGCUGCUCAUUGCCUCCGUUGAUUCCAGAACCAAAGGCCAGUAUUAUAACCAUGCCAUAGAUUGGCAAACAGGGAGCGGAUGCAGUGCUGCUGGCUUUUUCACUGUGUUUGCAAGUGAGCUCUCUGUCUACACCCUCACAGUCAUCACGCUGGAAAGGUGGCACACCAUCACCUAUGCUAUUCGAGUGGACCAAAAAUUGCGAUUAAGACAUGUCAUUCCAAUUAUGCUUGGGGGAUGGCUCUUUUCUUUUCUGAUUGCUAUGUUGCCCCUAGUGGGUAUCAGUAAUUACAUGAAAGUCAGCAUCUGCCUCCCCAUGGAUGUGGAAACGACGGUCUCACAAGUGUAUAUAUUAACCAUCCUGAUAUUCAAUGUGGUGGCCUUCAUUGUCAUUUGUGCUUGCUACAUUAAGAUUUAUUUCGCAGUUCAAAAUCCAGAGCUGAUGGCUACUCACAAAGAUACCAAGAUCGCCAAGAAAAUGGCCGUCCUCAUCUUCACUGACUUCACCUGCAUGGCCCCCAUCUCUUUCUUUGCCAUUUCAGCAGCUUUCAAAGUGCCCCUUAUCACAGUAACCAACUCUAAAGUUCUGCUGGUUCUUUUUUAUCCUGUCAAUUCUUGUGCCAACCCAUUUCUGUAUGUGAUUUUCACAAAGGCAUUUCGAAGGGAUUUCUUUCUGUUGCUGAGCAAAUUGGGCUGCUGCAAAGGCCAGGCUGAACUUUACAGGAGGAAGGAGUUCCCAGCUUAUGCCUCACCCUGCCAAAAUGGCUUCCCUGCAUCAAAGAAGCCUUCUCAAUCCUCCCAGCUGUCCACACUUUGCUGUCAAUACACAGCUGUCCCAAACUAG